AUGACUGAAUAAGUUUAAGAUAUCUCAGAGCAACUAUUAAACAACCCAAUAAACGAUGAUAAAUAUUGGGAAUUAAAACAAUCAAUAGAAGAAGAAACUUAGAAAGAAGAAUAGUAACAAGAUAAAAUUUCUGAUUAACCUUAAACCAAUGAAGAAAAACCAAAACCCGUCCAAGGCUUUUGGAAUGGACUUAUAUUUUAAUGUAUUGGGGAUUGCUUAGUAGCUUUUUGCAUUGAAGUUUUUGUCAGAGGUUUAUGCUGA